GUGAUGAUGGCUCGCUGUCUGCCUGUUGUCUCUGUGGCGCCGGAGGUCUCCACUCAAUUGCCCACCAUGACGCCGCCAACGCCAGCGCAGAACGAGGACCUCAUCUCCUUCGAUAUGGUGACAGAGGACAAGGGUGCUGCUGAGCAGGUCAACAUGCCGCAAAACACCGGUCACGCUCAAA